AGCGCCUUUCGAAAUCAAGGUCCACUAGUUUUUCACGCGGCAUGGAGAAAAGUUACAAUCUAAUAGUAUCAUACAUAAAUCCUUGCUUCCAAAGAUUGUGACGUUACAAUAGAUAACUUAUCAGUGAAUUAGUUGAAAAUAUUUUGUUUUUUUCUUUACUAAAAAUGUCUUCGAUUGUCGAAGAUAUUUGCGAACUUUUGGACAGUUACAAUGGAAGAGAUAAGGUGGUUCGUUUAACAUGCUAUGCCUUCAAACUAUAUGGAUGUAUCAAAGGAGAGCAGCCAUGGCAGACCGCAGGCUCCCUGCUCUCCAACGCCAGGAUGAUUUUGCGACUAUUUGAUGACAUACCUAUGAUACGACAUACAUAUAACUAUGGCCUUGGGAAGCAUGAGUCAUCAAAGAUGGCAGCAUUCCUAGGGGUACUGGCUAACAUGGUGGAUCAGGCAUUUCUCCCGGUGGAGAAGGCUUGCUGGCUGCACGAGAUGGGCAUCCUCAAGCUGUCAACCAAGACCGCUGACACACUAGAGGUGGUCAGCACCGCGCUCUGGGCGGCCAGUCUUUACAUAUCCUUGCUACAGACACUGCGCUCUCUACGUCAUCUAUGGUGGAGUAGGGACUGUCUACAAACAUGUUCAGAGAACGGUGGUGUUGACGCACGUAAGAACUUAGACGUCAGGCUCACCCUGGGAGCAGUAACCGCAGGGAAGCUCUGUCUGGAUAUAGCUCACGCUGUCAGCUGUCUACCCCCCGGCUGUUUGUGGGGGGAGAGGAUAGGGCCUACGAAAGUCGCUGUAAUUGCAACCACUUCUUCUGUUAUAGGCAUCGCGUUGUACUUCGCUAGGAAACGAUUGUUAAAAUAGACAAUUAGUACAAAUAUAUUGUAAUUAGAACGUAAUAUAAUAUUGCGUUCGUACUGCCGAAAGUCCAAGACAUCUCUAUAUUUUUUUUUUGCCUAUAGAGGUUUCUCUCUUACUCGGUUUUCUCGCUAAUCCAGGUUUGGUCGUAUUUGUUUCCUUUACUGUGAGUUUCCAGUUAACAUCUGUUUUGUCCCUUUCGUUAUCUUUGAAAACAGCGAUAACAAUGUAUAAAAACAUGUAUUAUGAUAAUGCAAACGUAAUUCAAUGCAAAUAAAUGUAAUCACAUGUUCUUUUGUAGAUGUAUCGGCAGUGCGAACGCACUAUAAAUGUUACCGGUGUCUUGGUUAAUAAAAAGGGUUGUGUAAAUAAGGGACUUGUUAGUUUCUAAUAGUUCGUGAUAAUUAAUACGAGUAUUGCCUCAAGCAAGUUGCUAUGGCUGUAAGUGUACUUACUACCUAGUUUCUACAUUAUAUUUAUAUCAAAUAAAUUAUUUAAGAACGGCUUAACUAACAUGUUAUCGUUCGGCGACAGCACCGACUAGUUUCGGA